AUGGCUGGUGUCGUGGACCUGCUCUCUGUCCAUUGUUGUAUCGGCGUUGUUGUUGGUAUGGCGUCUGAUGUUGUUGUUGGCACGGCGCCUGGUAUACUGGCUGAUGUUGUUGUUGACAUGGCCCCUGGAAUGCUGGCUGAUGUUGUUGUUGACAUGGCGCCUGGUAUACUGGCUGAUGUUGUUGUUGACAUGGUGCCUGGUAUACUGGCUGAUGUUGUUGUUGACAUGGCGUAUGGCGCCUGUGAGCCAGGGAAAUAUGGUUUGGACUGUAGCUACACCUGUCACUGUGACUCACGCAACUGCAAUGACGUCACAGGUUGUUCUGGUAUUUGCCUGGUAGGAUUUUCUGGAUCAAGAUGCACAACAGCAUGCCAGGCUACGUACGGUUUUAACUGUAACAUGUCUUGUGAUGCCAGACACUGUCUCGGUAAUAAGGACUGUGGCGUGUUUUAUGGAAACUGUACAGGUGGUUGUCAAGCUGGCUGGGAGUUACCCGAUUGUAUAACUGCAUGUGAUAGUGGAUUCUAUGGUACUGACUGUAAGUUUAACUGUUCAAAACGAUACUGCAAAGAGGGAACGACGAGUUGUAACAAUGUCAAUGGCUCCUGUGAAGGUCCCUGUCAGACUGGAUGGAAAGGAGUUGACUGUGCAGGAUGUGAUGGGAAAUACGGCCCAGAUUGUUCAUUGUCGUGUGAUGCCAGACACUGCAAAGACAACAAUGCACCAUGUGAUCACAUGGCCGGAUCUUGUGAAGGAGAAUGUCUGCCUGGUUGGCGAGGUGCUACAUGUACUGACAAGUGCAGUGAUACGACCUAUGGUGAUAACUGUACAAUGCUGUGUUCCGACAGACACUGUAGUAACACGGACUCUUGUCACCAUGAGACUGGUUAUUGUGUUGGCGGGUGUGUAUCGGGAUGGACAGAAGCAACCUGCACUGAAGAGUCUUUGCCAUCAACCGGUUUUCCAGUUGGACCUGCAGCUGGCGGCAUCAGUGCCGCAGUGGUUGUCAUUGUUGUGGUCAUCAUCAUUGUCAUAGUUUUCAGUGGAAUAUGA